GUACGGUCUGGUGACGUAGUGCGCGGGAGCGGAAAACGUGGUUCGGAUUGUUCGGAAAAGGAGCAGUGAUCUUUACGGGGAGAAAACACUACCGAUACCACAGUGAUACUUGAACAUUUCAGCAGUAUGGCAAGAGACUGGAAACCAGGUGAUCUGAUCUUUGCCAAGAUGAAGGGUUAUCCCCAUUGGCCAGCAAGAAUUGAUGAAGUACCAGACGGUGCCGUGAAGCCAUCCAACAUCAAGUUCCCUAUCUUCUUUUUUGGUACCCAUGAAACUGCAUUUCUUGGCCCAAAAGACAUCUUUCCCUACCUGCCCAACAAGGAGAAGUAUGCCAAACCCAACAAGAGAAAAGGCUUCAAUGAGGGAUUGUGGGAGAUUGAGAACAACCCAAAAGUGGAGCUGACAGCACCCAAGCCUGUUCCUCCUGGAAAUUUGUCUGAGAAGGAUUCAGACACCGGCCCAGAGGGGGAGGAUGAGGCGGAAGAUAAGGAGAUGCAAUCCUCCAAAGUGCCAGGAAGGGAGGAGGAAGAGGAAAGGCCUUUGAUGUCUGAGCAGGGUCCUCAGAACCAGGAUGAUUCAGGCCAGAUGGAUGCUCCUAAGUCCAAGAGAGGAAGAAAAAGAAAGAAUGAGGGUGAGCAGGAGGCUGAGAUGGCCGAUGUGCCUCCUGUGAGUCCAGUGAGUCCUGCAGGUGGUGAGGUUCCUAAACGAAGAGGCAGGAAGCCCAAAAGUGAAAAGUUGCUUUUGCUGCAGCAUCAGGACCAGCAAGGCUCUGGAAGUGAAAUAGAUGGCACCGAUUCAGAGAGAAAGAGGAAGAGGCCGGCGGAGGACAAGUCCAAGAGCGGCGAGGAGGACAAGCGGAAGAAGGACGACGCCAAAGGGAAAGAUGGUGAAGGGAAAGAGCCUGAAGCCAAGAAGAAGAAGCAGCAGUCCAAGGAGGGCAGCUCCUCAAGCGCCUCAGAUGAUGAGGAGAAAAACAAAGGCAGGAAAAAACAUCAGAGCUCCGAUAUGGACAAAGACGCACGGCGACGUAAAGACGAAGCAAACAAAGACAACGCAAAGAAGAAUGACGAACGGGCCGGAGCAAAGAAAAAGGAAAUGUCCACAGAUAUGAAACUCCAGCGCCUGCACGGUGAAAUCAAAAUUUCCCUGAAGAUCGACAACCCUGAUGUGAAGAAGUGCCUGGACGCUCUGGAUGAGAUCAGCUCCCUUCAGGUGACCACUCAGCACUUGCAGAAGCAAAGCGAGCUCAUUGCCACCUUGAAAAAGAUCCGCCGGUUCAAGGCCAGCCAGGACGUGAUGGACAAAGCCAGCAUGCUGUACAACAAGUUCAAGAGCAUGUUCCUGGUGGGAGAAGGCGACUGCGCCCUCAGCCAGGUGCUCAACAAGUCGCUGGCUGAGCAGCGGCAGCACGAGGAAGCCAAGAAGGGGACACUGAGGAAAGCGGAGCAAGCGCAGGAGAACAACACAGACAAGACAAGCGAUGGAGACCCAAGCCCUGACGAGAACAAGCCACAUGAGGAUGCCUCGACUGGGGAGAACUGCAGUGGCCCCAAAACCCAGGAAGUCUCCGCCUGACUCCCUAAGGGGAACCUCAAGACGUUUGCUGCUGCUCUUUACACUGGGAUGCCAUGUUCACAUUUCCACUGAUCACCUGAACUGGUUUGUCAGUGUUUUCAGUCUGUUGGUGGUAGUAGUAGUCGUAGACAGCGUUUAGCAUCUUCUGGUGGGUUUGACUGCACCAGUUCGCCACAAGCACCUUUAGCCGCUUCAUUCCAAAACAUUGCCUUUUAAAAUGUCGUUCUUUUAAACUUGUGUAAAUAAGAGUAUUUUUGUGCCUUUUGGUUUGCUCUGUUCCAGCAUCAGAUAAUAAAGUAGUAACAUGU